AUGUGCUCACCAGCUCCUUCCCAGCAGAUGUCAUGCUCAUGCCAGAGCCAGCCAAUUUACACACAAGCUCAGCCCGCUCAAUCAUGUGGAUGUGCUCAGUCGACGACACAGCAGACACUUCAGUACUCCACCACGCAAUGUCAACCAGCUUGCCAACAGAGCUGUGCUCAACAGUGCUCCACCUCGACGGCUUACGAUUGUCAGCCAAACUGUCAGACUUCAUGCCAAGCUUCGUGUACUCCAUCCUAUAACACAGCUGCAGCUCCAGUGACCAACCAAUGCCAACCAGCUUGUCAACAGCAAUGCCAGCAGUCCUGCGUCCAACAGCAGCAGCCUGUAGCUCAGUGCAACACUCAAUGUCAGCAACAAUGCGAUGUCGCCUGCGCCGCGCCUCAGCAGCAGCAACCACAGCAGCAGGUCGUCCAGGUCCAGAUCUCUCUUCCCGUAGCACAACAACAAAGCGCACAGUGCCAACCAGCUUGCCAGCAACAGUGCCAGCAAUCUUGCACCGCUCAACAGAUCCCUACUGCUCAGUGCGCUGAUCAGUGCCAAGCGCAAUGUGUCGACGCUUGUGGAACCUCAUCUCAGCUUCCUCCGAUCACCUACGACAACAACAACAAUUACAACAACAACCAGUGUGCUCCCGCCUGUCAACCAGCCUGUCAGCCAGCCUGCACCGAGCAAUACCAGCAGCAGCAACCUCAACAACAAUACCAACAACAGUACCAACCUCAACAGCAAUAUCAACCUCUACCUUCAUCUCAACCCAUCUACCAGGUUUCUUCAACUGUUGCACCUCAACGUGACUACGGUUGCAUGCCACAAUGCCAGACUCAAUGCCAGUCGUCCUGCGUCGCUCAGCAGCAACCCGUUUCUCAGUGCCUUGAUAGCUGCAGCUCACAGUGCUCGCAGAGCUGUGGACAGCCAACAGUUCAAGCCCAACCUCAGUGUGUUUCCGCUUGCAUGCCAGCCUGUGACAACUCCUGCGUCGCUGCUCAACAGCCUGUGCAACAGUCUUGUGCUCAGCAAUGCCAACCCCAAUGUACUCCCAGCCAACCAGCCGUCCAAUGCCAGCAGUGCCAAACCGCUUGCUCCGAUUCACAGCCAACUCAGCAAGUCAUCCAGAUCGUUCUCCAGCAGAGCGUCGCUCAAUCCGCUCAAUGCCAACCACAAUGCGAGACCAGCUGCGUCUCUCAGUGCACCCAACAAAACCAGUCCAUGGCAUCUUGCCAGCCAGCCUGCACUCAGAGUUGCACUAGCUCGUGCGCUGCUUCUCCACUAGCUACACCUGCCGUCGUCGCUUGCCAACCAUCAUCGGCUACCUCGUCGUGCCAGUGCCAGACUGGAUACUCACCAUGCGCCAACAGCAACCAGUGCUGCCGUCGUCGUUAA